AUGAACCCUCCCUCUACAAAGGUCCCCUGGGCCGCCGUGACGCUGCUGCUGCUGUUGUUGCUGCCACCCGCGCUGCUGUCGCCCGGGGCGGCCGCGCAGCCCCUGCCCGACUGCUGCCGCCAGAAGACGUGCUCCUGCCGCCUCUACGAGCUGCUGCACGGCGCGGGCAACCACGCAGCUGGCAUCCUCACGCUGGGCAAGCGGCGGCCCGGGCCCCCCGGCCUCCAGGGCCGGUUGCAGCGCCUCCUGCAGGCCAGCGGCAACCAUGCGGCCGGCAUUCUGACCAUGGGCCGCCGCGCAGGCGCAGAACCGGCGCCGCGCCCCUGCCCCGGGCGCCGGUGUCCCACGGCCGCCGCUGCCCCCUCUGCAGCGCCUGGAGGGAGGUCCGGAGUCUGA